AUGGAUGUCGAAUAUACAGUAACAGAAAUUGUACAUCGCAAUCGCUUUGGAGAAACUCUAAAGAUUGAGUUUCAAUUCGAUGAAUGUACUACAAUGAGUUCAGUACCAACAUUAUCUGGUCUAACUCGACAUAACAAGGAAAAACGUUAUCGAUCAUAUGAAUGGAGCAUAACACGAGACCAAUAUCAAUCGCUUAUUAGUAAACUAGGACGGCCUAUAGGAUUUGAUGCAUUUGUCGAUGCUAUACGUCCAAUCAUUAUGGGUUAUUAUAAAGAUAACGAACUGAAACGUGCAUUUACGAUUCUGAAUCGAGAUGGAUCGACGACACUUAAUAUGAAGGAACUCAGCGCAAUCUUGCCGAUUCUCAAUGAAACAAUUGAUGCAACAGUUCUGCGUGAAUAUAUACGAAAGGCUGACCAGAAUUUUGAUGAUGAAUUAAACUAUAAAGAAUUUCAAACGUUUGUAUUACGUGGAAUCGGUCGAGACAUCAUUUGUAAUUAUAUAUGA